AUGUAUGAAUACACUGUGUGUGGAAAUCCGUGUUUUAUUUCAUUUUUAGAAAAGAUGAAAGGAACUAAGAAAUUUUAUGGUAAAAGAAGGAAGAGAACGUGUGUAAUAGGUGCGGCACUUCUGCUUAUCUUUUUACUUUGUCGCAUGCUGUUUAUCCGGACGGAAGAAGUGGAAGACACCACGUUUGAGGAGGGUUGUUGGGAGCGUGAGAUGCGCAGCGAAGGAGUGGGAGAUGUAAAGGUGCGUUACGUCGUGAUACAGACGAAGCCCUCCCCAGGUUGGUGUAGAAUGCUUGUAAGCUCUCUCGUUGUUGGUAUUGAUGUAAUUACAAUAGGACUCGAUGGCGUGUACCAUCACACCUCGAGGCCACAUUGGUUGCUGAACUACAUAGAAAGUGCGGGGUUAAGUGAUGACGAUGUGAUUGUGACAUUUGAUGGUGCGGACACAGUAUUUGUGAACAAGCAUAACCUCCAGUGCGCUAUUAGCAAGUUCAUAUCAACGACACCGAGCAAACCAGAAAAUUUCGAUGAGGAAAAAAUACUGAAAGGCGUCCAAAAGUCUCCACUCCUGUUUACUGCUGAAAGGGGGUGUUUUGCCUCUCAACUAAGCGUUUUGUUUUCAAUAAGAGGCAGAAAACACGAAAAGAGGUGUGAGCGGUUCUAUAGGGGGGAGAUUUCAAAGGCCAAAGCAACCGGCGCGGAACGGGUGAUGCGGAUGCCAAAGAGUGGGCGGGCGUAUCUUAAUGCUGGUGGGGUGAUCGGGAGGGUGUGGGCAUUUAAGGAAGCAAUAGGAGGAUUUUCAAAACUUAGAGAAAAGAGUGACAGAUGGUGGUGUGAUCAGACAAUUUGGACCAUUCUCUUUGCCUGGAGCGUCAAUCAACAGGACACUGGGGGUAAAGCAGUGCACUUGAGAAAGGGUCUGAUUUCUCUAGACUACGAUGCGAGGUAUUUUCUCAUUCCUUCGUACACUUCCCCAAUUCGAAGCAUGAUAUUGCAUUUUUCCGGGCUUAUUAGAGACUGGAAGUGGUGGUUUCCAGGUGUUGUGAGGAGGUUGGUAUGGAUACAGAGAAUGAGAGAUGAUGUGUAUCAGAGAGACAGUAGGAGUUUGCUAACUAAGACCAGCUUAACGAUCUACGGCGCUAAAGGAGAAAAAUAUAUUCGUAAGUUUGCCGAUGUUUGCAACGUUGAUGAGGCCGUGGACUACACGUGGCUGUCGACGGUCCGAAGUAAGCAUUAG